GAGUCAACAUGGGAAAACACAAUACAGACCAUCAAUUCGAUUUUCGCCGAUGCCGAAAGGAUAUGCUUCGCUACAAUCCUUGAAACGGUGUUAGGCUGCGCGACGUGCUAUUGCUCUCGUUUAGUGUCAGACACCAUCUAUCAGAAGAAGAUGAAAAAACUCAGUGAAUUUUUGAAUCAGGAGAAUCAUCAAACAUAUAAUCCAGCUGGAUUUCACAUUCUCAGUCCAAUGGAGAGAGGUCUUCGUACGGUCGAAAUUUGGAUUCUUUCUGAUCAGUCAUCAGAUAUCGUGACGUCGAAUGUUAGCCAGUCAGAUACAUCAGGAGGUGUGUGCAUUGUUUAUCCCGAAUCAAGCUCACGUGACAUGAUGUCAUGGGUUCCACUCUCGUGGUCCGUCAUAGAGCAGUACGAUCUGGCCAAGUAA